AACAAUGAAGUUCGCUAUCUUCUUCGUCUUCGCUGCCUUUGCCAUUGUGGCUCAGGUUAAUGCCAAAUCCGUUGAGAUAAUCGACCGUGGUGCGAUCGCUAAUGCCCUGAAGCAGAAGCUUGCCGAAGUCAAAGAAAAGUUGAAUGAUUACCUGGAAAACGCAUCAGACUACUUGAAACAGAAGAUCGCUGAAGCUCAACAACAAGCUGAGGAUAUGAUCAACCAAUUAAAGCAAAAAACUACCGAGAUCAGCAAUGAGGUUUACAAAACUGCUCAGAAAAUUUUAGAAAAGCUGGGCGAACUCGAAGACAAAAUCGUAGAACAAGCUAAAAAAAUUGUUGCCAACAAGAUGUCUUCGUAGGAUGAAU